AUGAUGGUGCUUUGGCUCGUCGCCGCGCCCUGGGCGCUCGCCGCCGUCGUCGUCGCGGGCGCCGAGGACCCAGCCGUGGCGCGCGUCGACGCGGCGACGCGGGAGGAGCUCGCGGCAUGCGGCGCGUGGGCGACGCUGCCGAGGCAUGUCUUGGGCGCCGGCGCGGCGCAGCGCGAGUGCCCGAUAGACGCCUUCCACGCGUCGCGCGCCGUGGACAACCGGGACGGGCGCGUCGCCAAGGUCAGAUUCGGGAAACGCGAGUUCGCGCCGCCGCGGGGCUGGGGGCUGCCCAAGGACGCGAUCCACCUCUGCGCGUUCGUCUCCCGGCUGCUGCGGUCUGGCGCGCUGAACGCCUCCGCGGCGCCGCGGCCCGUGCUCCUCGACGCCGCCGCGCUGGUCCCCGGCGGCGCGUUCCGCAUCGUCGUCGCGGACGCCGAAGCGCCCGACGGCUUCGAGCGGGAGCGCGAGUCGCUCCGGCGCGCGUGCCGCGACGCGCCGCCGCCGCCGCAGUGCCGGUCGGGCGACACGGCGGGCGGCGUCUGGGUCGCGCGCGACGCGUCGCGGCCGUCCUGCGGGGCCUACACAGGGCGGCCUGAGGGGCGCUUCGCGGGCCUGGCGGCCGUGGACGUCGACAGGGACCCGAAGCUCUGGGCGCAGGAGGAGCGGAAACGCGACGCGCUCCGCGCGGCGAACGGGCCCACGGGCGACCGGUGGCGCUACGCGCUGCCCGGCUGCGCGUACCACUACUUCGACGGCGGCGAGCUCGAGCGCGCCCUCGCCGCGGAGGCGCCCCUCGUGCUCUUCGUCGGCGACAGCACCGCGCGGCUCCUCUACGUGGCCUUCGCGGAGUGGCUCGGCGCCGCCAUCACGGACACGGAGCUCUACCUCGACCCGUCCGGCGACGGGGCCCAGUUUGUCUCGGGCGCCGCGCGCGUGGCCUACCUCCAGAUGUGGAGCGAGGACCAGUACCGGUCGCUCGUGCUCGGGCCCCUGCGGCGCACGUGGGCCGCGGCCGCGCGCGAUUCGCGGGGUCCGACGGCUGUUGUCGCGAACUUUGCCGCGGUCCACAGCCUCGACGGCACCUGCGACGGCUCCUUCGAGGCGCUCGCGCGGCUCGUCGUCGACGGCGUCCGCGCCGCGCUCCCCGGCGCGCUCCGCUUCGUGUUCCAGAGCGCGCCGUGCGGGCUCGGCAGGCGCCAGGGCAACUUCCGCACGGGCAAGUCCCUGGAGGUGCUCUCCGCGCUCCGCCGCGUCGCCGCGGGGCCGCCGCCGCCGAACGCGACCUGGGACGUGCUCGACCUCGCGAACGUCACGAUGGCGCGCUACGACGCGACCUUCGACGGCACGCACUUCUACGGGUCGGCCAUCGCGGCCCAGGCCCUCGCAGUUGCCAACAUGCUCGCGCGGCGGCCCGCGGACGCGUCCUAG